UCUGGUGUGUUUACAUACGUAACGUGAGAUAUCCAUUACGUAAACGAAUACGGCGUGUUCUCAAAACGAAAGGCAGAAGUCCAUUUAAAAUAUUGACAUUUUUACGUUUUUUAUGUUUCUCGAGAUUUCUAAGCACUGAAGAACUGUAGACGAACUAACGGAGAACACAAGAGACAGGACAGGCUAAGCGCUUCCCGUAUCAAUAACACCAGCAAUCUCUUUAUUAUUUAACAGGACGACAAAUGCAGCUGACAUCUCCCGACGUGACGUAUCGUACGAGGUAGGUUGAAGAAGCUGGUAAAAUGGAUGUUCCUGCAGUAAAUACAAGCUUUACACAUUCACAACCACAGUCAUGGGCCGGACAGAACCACAUUACCUCAGCCAUGUCUCCAACCAGCUGGAAACCCAACGCAAACUGUCCUCCUACAUAUCACUACCCAUAUAUGAACCCAAAACAUCAGAGCAGCACAGAAGUGAGCUUGGCUCCGAUGACCCACAAACCUGUGACCCGCUCAGGUGCUCAGCCUCAGUCGCUGUACUGGGACACCUCACAGCAAAGCUACCAGGAUGCGUGUAAGUCUGUUCCUGAGAUUUCAAACAUGAAGACUCAAGGGAUGCCACUGGGAAGCUGCUCAUUACCAACGAGUCCAACAUCAAAUUCCAAGUCAGAGUCUCGAUACGGUCUGGAUCCUCAGCUUCUACCCAGUGUGGUGCAGGUGAUCAAAGAGGACAGGGUCCAGUGGGAAGGGAAAGUGUUUGUUUCGAAGUCCAAAUCCUCCGUUCCCCCUCUCUCCUCAACACGAUGCACCCUGGAGGACAGAGGUAAUGCCACACCUCAUUUCAUCCGCUGCACGACCUACAGCUUCCCUGUAGAUGUUCAGUCAGCGCAGAAGAGCCACCUGCCACUGGGUGCGACAGUGCACCCGCUGGCCGUGCCUGAGAGAGGAGAGCGCUCAGUGCCAGUGUGUGAAGCAGGGGAUUGUGUUAAGGGCUGUGGGCACUGCGGCGCCUUCAUGAGCCCCGCUCUGAGCUGGCAGGACUGUGGGCAAAGAUUCUACUGUCCCUUCUGUGACAAACUCUCUGAAGUGCCGUGGCAGUCCUAUCAGCCCACCAAUCAGGGCCGCCGUGUAGACUUGGAAAGAAAACCUGAGCUCAGUCUCGGCUCGUAUGAAAUUCUGGAGAAACGGAUGUCUAAUGCUGCUGUGUUGGUGCUGGCAAUAGAUGUUUCUGCCAGCGCGAUGAGGACGGGGCAUCUAGAACACAUAUGCCAGCAGAUUUGUUCCCGAUUACAGAUUUUGCAAGGGACUGAAGGAGCCGACCAAUCAGAUCUUCGAGUUGGUUUGAUGACCUAUGACAGUCGGAUCCACCUGUAUAACCUGAGUCCAACUCUGUCCCGGCCCCACAUGAUGAUCAUCACUGACUGUGAGGAGAUGGAACUUCCUGUGAUGGAAGGUCUUCUGGUGCCACUGAAAGACUGCAGACACAUAGUUGAAAGAGUUCUACAGGAAAUUGCAUUUUUUAAGCCUAAAUCAGAUGAAAGAUGCGGCUCACAAGACCUCCCUGUUUCUGCUGCAGUGAAGAUUUUUCAGGCCUCAGAGUCUCCAGGAAAGUUGCUGAUCUUUCAUUCCUCGCCUUUGACUGAACGCACAGAUGAGAAAAGCUCCUCUGUAUUUUUCAGUUCUAGUAAAUUAAAGUCCAUCUUUCAAGGACCAGACUCUUCCACCUCAUUGGCUAAAGAGUGUGUCAAUCAAGGCUGCUGCGUCCACACCUUCGUGUUCUCUCACCAAGAAGUGGGCGGAGCAUGGCCGGGGCACAUCCCCUUUCUGACAGGGGGUGGCCUAAUCUGCUAUAAUAGUCUGCAGUCUGAGAUGGAGCAGGAACGCUUCCAAGCUGAUCUGAGCAGAUGUGUGAACAUGCAGAUGGCCUUCAAAGCUCAGCUCAAGGUCUUUGUCAGUAAAGAGAUGCGCAUAUCUGGUUGCUAUGGCGCCUUCAUCGCCGGUCCUGACUCCAGCCGUGUUGCCAUGGCAGCGCUUGAUUGGCGCACAACUAUGGCAUUUGAGUUCACGCACAACAAAUCUCUAGAUGAAGCAAGGGGUGUCGCCAUACAGUUUGUUCUGUCAUACAGUACGUCCUCCGGCGAGAGCAGGAAGCGGAUACACACUGUUACUCUGCCUUGUUCCCAUCAGCUGCUCGACACCUUUAGAAGCAGCCAGGCUGAGAGUCUCCUCACAUUCUACUGCAAGAAAAUGUAUUCUUUAGCACUGGAGACUCCACUGCAGUCCUUGCGUGAGGAGCUACAAACAGAAGUUACUGAGAUGUUAGCUUGCUUUAGGAGACACAACUGCACUACAUCUGCGUCCCCAGGACAGCUGGUGUUGCCUCAGUUUCUUAAAGCUCUACCUGUCUACAUCAACAGUCUGCGCAAGAGUGAGGUGCUGCUGCCGGGGCUGCGCGGCUCUGUGCAGCAGCGUCUACAACUGCGUUGCCUCAUUGUCUCCAUGGACACAAUGAACACCGCUUCUCAGUUCUACCCACAUAUUCAGCCUUUGCCUGUCUCCGGUAGUAAUACCAAUAUGCCAUCGGUAGAAGAAACGGUGCGCUGCACCGCGUCCAGCCUAGAUCAAGGGGGUCUGUAUCUGAUCUACUGCCCGCUGGCACUGCUUCUUUGGGUGGGCAGCCGUGUGCCCCCUCAAACCCUCUUGCAGCUUUUCAACACCAACUCCUUCUCCAGCCUCACAUCUGGCAAGAUUAAGCUGCCUGUUCUCGAGAACUUCCUCUCCAUCAGCACCAGAGAUCUCAUAUGCUCACUGCAAUCUCAGGCAGCUGUUACUCUGCAGCUCAAAAUGGUGAAGGAGGGUGACAGCUGUGAAGAGUCUCUCCAGCACCUCCUGGUGGAGGACAAGAGUCCUAACGGUGGAGCCUCAUAUGCUGACUUUCUUUUUCACCUUCAUGUUAAUUCAUUCCGUCUUAUUGUGUAAUGGUCUCUUAACAUACACACCUGGCUGCCAGAUUUGACAUUUCUGUGAAGCUCUUCAUAUUGGAUUAUUUCCCUUGUUGUCUACCUGUCGGUACACCUGUAGGUAUAACAUGUAAAUCAAUGAGAAACAGCAAGAUUUCAGUCUCAUAUGAACUCUGCAAGAACUUCUCAUGGAACAUUUACUUCUUGAAUACUUGAAGACUUUAGUUUUCAAAAUGUAGUAGUUACAAAUUCAACGUGACCAGGUUAUUUUAAGAUCUGUACUCAUUUCAGAUAAAAUGAAAAGGAAAGAAACACAGAACACUUAAAUCAGUGCUUUAAUUUUUAAGGGAUCCAAAUGCUUGCAAAUACCGUUUGUACUCCCAUCAAAGACUUGAUCAACGAUUUCUUGUUUCCAGUGCGUGUGUGGUUUUGAAUAUGGAUUCAUAUUUAUGUUCGGUUCAUGAAUUGUGUCAUUUAAAUGAAUCUACAAAUUGGUCAUUAUGGGCAGUCGUGAGUUAAAGUGUGUUAAUGUUUUAAGCAAUAAUCGUUUAAUUUAAUUUUGGUCUCAAUAUUUAAUGUCUUAUUUAAAGAGUGCUGAUCGUUUUAAAUGGGCCAUUAGCGCGUAAAUACAUUUUCCAACUCUGUUAUUUAUUUAACGUUUCUUUUGUAUCAUAAAGAUAUUUACCUACAAAUCAUGGAAAUGCCACAAAUAAAAUAACAAUUAAUCAGCAGUCUUGACUCACACCUAUGUUUUCCACUGUAUAUGCGCAUGUGCAUUUGUGCACCUCCUCCAUAUAGAGAGCCAAACGCUUACUGUAUAAGAUCAUUUCUAAAGAGUCAUACCAAGACUCAUUUGCGUAAUUGGGGUUAAUGAUGUUGACAUUGGGCUGAGUAUAAAAUAUCAGAGUGGGCGUCUGUAUUUGUUAUCUAAUGUCCGGAAAAGAAACAAGCACCCAUUGAGCAGUAUGCUAUAAUAAAAGGUCAACACAUUAUAACCAUUAGCUGAGAAUAUUUCGUUUUAAUGGAUUUGAGCAUUAAAAAACACUGAAUCCAAAUAGAAGGAUUGCCAAAGAUGAUUGUUUAUUGUUUCUCAUGCAUUACAUUGGAAAAUUAACCAUGGUUUUAUUAGAGUAAAAUGAAUAAUCAUGUUUUUUUUGUGGCAGUUUGUUGCUAUUGGUAUUAUUGUAUUUAAAUUCAAAUUACCACCUAAAAAUGUUUUGUGUUAAAAAUAAAUACUUAAUUUAACCUAAGAGAAGCAUCCGGCACAAUAUCGUAAGCAUAUUCCAUUCGUGCACGUGAAUGUUUUAUGAAUGACGUGAUUUAAUCUCUGUGUCAGAUAUGCUUUGCCUAUAAAUGUAUAUUCUGUUGGUGUUUUAUUUGUAUAUUUAUAUUGCU